CAGAUAUGGCGUCACGGUUAGCAUCUUUACGCACUCUUCUCCCUGAACUGGACUCAGCCCUUCAGUCCUUCACCACCUCUCCGUCCAAAUUCCGCAUCGUGAGGACUGUCAACCCCACCGCGACACAGCCUAAAACCCUCUACAUCCUCGAUUCCUCCUUCAACCCGCCCUCAACCGCACAUCUCGCACUCGCAAAAUCUGCGAUAACACAGUGCGCUCCUUCGUACACGCGACCGCACCGUCUCCUCCUUCUUUUUAGUACACAUAAUGCCGAUAAAGCACCUAGUGCCGCGGACUUCCCACAGCGCCUUGCGUUGAUGACUAUUUUCGCAGAAGACCUGUCACGGCUGCUUCAUAGCUCAACAACAUCUUCUCCUGCAGAUAAUCUCGAGUCGCCAGCGAAUCUCUCCAUCGAUAUCGGCUUAACGAAAGAACCGUACUACACCGACAAAUCACUCGCCAUCACAUCCAGCAUCCCACCACCGUACCCAUCGAGUCCCGCACACGUGUAUCUGGUCGGAUAUGACACGCUAAUCCGUUUCUGCAAUCCGAAAUAUUACCCUAACUCCCACCCUCCACUUGCCGCACUCGCGCCGUUUUUCAACGCCGGACAUAAAUUGUGGGUUAAGCAGCGGCCGUAUGAUGAGCGUGACCAGAGCUCCAAGGAGUUUGGGACAGUAGAGGAGCAGAAGUCUUUUUUGGAGGGGUUGCGGGAGGGAGAGUUAGAGGAGGAGGGUUUUGAGAGGAGGUGGGCGGAUGGGAUUGAUAUGGUGGAGGCAGGAGGGGGCAUGGGGAUUAGCUCGACGAGGGUGAGGAGUGCGGCGAAGGAGGGGGACUGGAAGAGUGUGGGCAGGCUAUGUACGGAGGGGGUCGCGGCGUGGUACACAUGGCCCACUUCGGGAGCAGCCAAUAUCUCUGGGGGCGGGCUCUGCCGUGUCAAGGCGCAUGGUAGGUUCUCUGGGGAAGUGCCCGAGCAACUUCCUCGCCGACUCGAAAAGCGCAGGUCCAUAUACAAAGAUUGGUCUGAAUACGCUGCUGAACAGAGCAUCGCUCGCUCCGAGUCGUCUUCACCAGACCUCCCAGCCAUACGCAUAAGCGAAGUCACCCCGAAGAAGCCUCUGCUGCAGAAAGAAGCCGGUUCGUACGGCUCCCGCUUCACGAGCACCCGAUCUGAAGACUUCCAUGAACUGCGUCAGAUCUUCGAUAAUGCGAAGGACGAGGACUCGACAGAGAUUUCUCCUCCAAAGUACCGCUUUUCACGACCGUCGAUGCAUAGUCUACACAGUUUGCAUAAGAUCAAGAGCGUGCAUGCGUUAAUCAAGCGGAAGUUCUCAAAGGAUAUGCCGAGGAUGACCCCGAAUGUGCAUUUGAAGGAUACGGGGAAGAAGAAAGCUGAGCAGGUUGAAGAACCGGAUACAGUGGUGAAGGCACCGAGAGAUGCGCCGAAUUUGCAGCUCAAGAUUACGAAAGAGGAUCUGAGGAAGGACUUGUUCAGUGACAAGAAGCCGGAGGAGGGUGGGUAUGAUUCGGAUGCAGAGAUGUUGGAUGAUAUUGCAAGGAGGGUUGGGAAGAAGGCGCCCGGGAAGAGGACGAGUUUGCAUAGUAUUGAGUGGACGCCAUCGCCUGGAAGCAAACCCACUUCAACACGAGCGCGCAACAGCAUCGACCUAGGGCGUGACAGCCAUCCCUACCAGGUCAACCAACUCCAACCUGGGGGACCUACGACCCCAGCCCGGUUCACAAGUUCACCGAAUCUUCGGUUUGCCGGUACGAUGGAGCGAGAUCGAAGACUGAGACGCUCUCAUUCUGCCACUUCGACGGAGCUUCCUGCACCCUCACCACUUUCGCCUAUUCGGUUACCUAGCAUUCUGUCCCAGGACAGAGUUCCUUGGUCGGUUUCUAUGGCUGAGAGCCUUCGUCUCUCUCAAUUCCCAACUCCGCCUAGUUCUAAGCCGUCGAGGGCAACUUUGCGGCCUCAACCGUCGAAGUCAACGCUACCUGCGAAGCCGUCCAAAGCUUCCUUGGUCGCCAACAAGGCGACACAGUUCCCUAGUAAAGAGCCUAGUAAGGAAUCAAAAGCAUCUGAUCAAUCCGGAGAAUCGAAAGCCUUUAAUCUAGGACAAGGUCAGCCUGAACUGGACGUGCAUCUUCGGCAGCCUACAUCCAGUCAUGAAUCGAGCUCUAGCAAGGAAAUAACUGCUCCACCAAACAUUGACGACAAUAACAACCCCCGUGACAACGAAGAUGAAGAUAACAAUCCACGCCGCUCCGUCCAUCUCUACAGCAUGCGCAUCUCACACCAUCUGCGUUCGGGCUCCCUUCUCUCCUGGGACCAACUCGCUGAUGCUGACCCCAUGCCCACGCCGCCCCACCAACUCCUGAACCGCAAUGCCUCCGACAUAAGCCGAGCGUCUCAAUUACAGCGCACUCGACACAAUCGCACUUCGAGCUCUGGCUUCGCCAGCUCACGAGUCCCUGCUAAAUGGGGAAAGGUUCUCAAAUCUGAAGUCAACUCUGGGGUAGAACGUCAAUUCUGCGAUGAUAAGUCUUCCGUCUAUUCGAGCCGGCCACAGAGCCCGCCUGAUAGCUUUGGUGGCUCGAUGGGAAACUUAUCGUUGAGUGUCACACAUCUUGAUUCGUACAAGAAUACCAUGACGGACCUUGUGAAAGACGCCGGUCCGGAACACUAUCCCACUGAUAAUGAAGAAACUCCCAGGCCUACCUAUCGAUACGGUGUCUCGGAUCCUCAGGCUGGGACCAGUAUGACAGCAAAUGAUACCAUAUUGGAAACAAGCCGUCCUAUUUCGCUCGCUCGUAACAACAGCGUCGCGCUUACGAAGAAGUCCAAGUUCCGCGAAGAGUUCAGCCCUUCGCCCCCACGGAAGAAAACCCCUUCAUCAAUAUCACUUAUGCGGUUUCUUCGUCCACGGAAUAGCGUCCGAAGCCAAAGCGAAACAAUCCUCGACGCUCGACCCAGGGUCGACGGGCCAUUUGAGACUCCUCAUCUGACAUCGAGCCGCGAGCGUCGAUUAUCGCGUUCGAUGAUGAGUCUCCAGACCGAACAAGAAGCACUAGGAAAAGAUAAAGAGGCAAGCCCCAUGUGGGAACGCGCUCUAAAGUCCUACCAAGAAGAACGAAGUUCUAUGUUCCUCUCUGCCAACAAAGCUCUCGCCACGCAUGGAAGUCCAUUUCGGGAGCGCAGCUGCAGUAUAUCGCGACCAAAAUCCCUCGGCAGCGUACAGGAUCUCGCAAAAUCCUACCUGCACAAACCAAUUCACGACCUCCACACCUCCCCGAUCGCAGAAUCAGAGUCAGAAUCUCCAGGCGAAUCGCCGGGUGGUUUCGGGAGGGUUAUGAAGCGUAGGACUGCGAUGGUGCAAGCACAUUCUGGUGAUAUAUCCCCCGGCCAAGAAACUAAAAUCGCAUUCGAGAAUCAAGAUGAUACCCCUCCCACCAUUGGCGCUUGGGGACGCUAUCCUUCGCACACACGUCUCGAGCGCACAACCUCAGCUACCCAUCUCGACGCCGUGCAAACUCGUGACUUCGCGCUCGAAGCCGCGAUUCAAUUUGCCAUGGGCCCCAACUCUGACCCUCAGCCUAAUACCAAUCAUGGCCCCCUUUCUAACCAUGAUCCUGAUAACAUCGACAUCGACCCCAUAGCUCGCCCACCAAGCCCGCCAGGUCCUCACGGCAAGAAAAGGAAGAAAAGAAUCGGUAGCGCUAGUACAGGCGAUAGAAUGGCGAAGAGUAGGAGUAUGACAUUUGGGAAACAGUUUCUCAAGAAUUAUGCGCGGAUUUUUAGAAGUCAGUCAACGGAGUUUCAGAGACAUGGACAUGGGCAUCGGAGUAGUGUUACGGCGGGAGGGCUGUUGGAGUUUCCAGAACUGGAGAUUUUGCCGGAGGUUUGGGGAAGUGGUGGUGGGGAGGGAGGGGAUGAAGGAGAGGGAGCUGAGGGAGACGUUGAAGCUGAGAGAGAUGUUGAAGCUGAGGGAGAUGUUGAAGCUGAGGGAGGUGCUGGAGCUGCGGGAGGUGUUGGAGAUAGGGAGUUUUUGAUGGGGGAGAUGAGGGAUCGAGAUAUGGAUUUCAAUGUGAAGAAACGGAGUGCAGAGUCAUCGGCUGUACUCCGUUCACGCAAACCCUCCGACGAACAGGAACAGAACGAGCGGGCAGCCAUGCUCGACGGCACCACCAAUGCCAACGAUCGACGUUUCUCUGCCCCGCCUCCCGAUCGCGCGCGCGUCUGGUCCGUGUAUUAUGAAUCACUGAUCCCGGAAUUCCCGCGCGCGAGCACGGACUUUGAUAUCGAUGUCAAUGACUUUGGCCGCAUACGUCCUUCCUUCGACGCUAGACACCCAGCCUCCCGUCUCCAUUCUCAGACUCUUCCUGCAAGAUUGCGAAGUGGUGAGGUGAGGGCGGGGAGUAGGGCGGGUGUGUAUGGGAUUAGCAUGACUGGGACUAAGGCGUGUGCGGCAGUGGGGUUUGGGAAUGGGGGUGUGGGACUGAGCCAGAACCAGAACCAUAGCCAGGGUGAUGGCACUGGAGACGAAGACACCGAGUCACAAUCGUGCACCGAGGGAAAAAGCAUGGUGAGCGUACGACGCAGUACGAUGGAUUUGGUCAAUUUGUAUAAAGAGCAGGAGAAAGUGGAACGCGAGCGUGUGUUGAGUUUGGUUCGAUUUGGGAGUGUGAGGGCAGAGUGUUAGGUUUAGGGAACGUGGAUGGCAGUGGGUGUAGGUGGAUGGGGGUGUGAUUGGUAGGGAAACAGGGAGGAGAGGUAAGCGGGAUGUGUGUGCGGAGGGAUAAUGUAACGGAACGGGAUGCGACGGAACAGGACGCGACGGGAAAGUGGUAAGGGGAAAGGAGCACUGGAGUUAUCUUGUAUUGAUAUGAUCUGGAGGUUAUGAGGUAUGACGAUAUGACGGAUAGGACCUAG